AUGGUGUACACGGGUGUUUGCAACUUCAACUCUAGGCAUGGAUGUUUAAAAUGUACGACUGUAGGAGAAUACUCGCAUCAGUAUCAUACUGUCGUUUUUCCAAACUCAAGAUGUCCUAAAAGAACAAAUGAAGAAUUCAGAAAUAAGAAAUAUAGAGAUCGUCUAAAAUCUGAUACACCCCUUUUAAAAUUACCCAUAGAUAUGAUCGAAGAUUUUCCUAUUUCCGAUUCAUUACAUCUGAUUGACUUAGGAGUCAUGAAACGAUUACUCGUGGGAUGGCGUGAUGGAAAUUUUAAGAAUCUUACUACAAAAUGGCGAGCUGACGAUACGCUGAAAGUAACACAGUUCUUACUCACCUGUAAACUACCCUCCGAAAUUCAUAGAUCCAUGCGAGGUCUAGAUGAGCUUCAUCAUUGGAAAGCAUCUGAAUUCCGGUCAUUUUUCUAUUAUUUGAGUAUUGUUAUUCUGCCUGACUUUAUGUCGAAAGGACCCUAUGAACAUUUUUUGACUCUUUUCUGUGGGGUAACAAUUUGCUCUAGCCUAAAGUACAGCUCAAUAUUGGACCUUUCUCACGAAUUAUUAUUAUAUUUUGUAGAAAACUUUAAAACAUAUUAUGGUAACUACAUUACUAGCAACAUUCAUAAUCUGGUACAUAUUACUGAUGAAGUUCGUAAAUUCGGCCCACUUAACACCUUUAAUUCUUACCCUUUUGAGAACAAACUGUACUGCAUUAAAAAAAUGCUUAGAGCUGGCAACAAGCCAUUAUCACAAAUAGCUAAAAGGCUUACAGAGAGUGAUUGGAAUGUUAAAUCUAAAUUAAGUAAAGCGAAAAAUGAAACUAACCAAUAUCCUGUCAUAAAAACAAAUAGUAAAAAUAGAAAAAUAAUAGAUUUUGGUAUGUUUGUAAUUUCUAACAAAAUACAGGAUAAGUAUUUUAUGACUACAGAAGAAGAAAUUAUAGAAGUGGCAGAAAUAACCGAUGAACAUAUCAAAGGGUACAGAAUUGAAAAUGUAUCUGACAUCUUCGAAUUACCUAUUAAGUCUUCAUAUCUUAAUAUGUUUAAAACAGGUGUACAAAAUGGAAACCGUACAACAGAAAUCAUAAGUUUCAAUAACGUUAGCUAUAAGUUUGUAGUAACUACAAACAAAAAUGAGCUUUAUUUCAUUCCUCUAUUACAUACAUUAAUAAUUUAAACUGUAUAGACCGUAUUCCAAUUGCUAUGUAUUUACUUGGGCACGCUGCUGUUUAGUAACUAAGAACAGUAGGAAGGAAGGAAAGGAAUGAAAACCAAGGAAGGAAUACUUAUCUUGAUCACAUGCUAUUUAUAAAAAGUGUUGGAUAUUUGACUAAAUGUGUAAUAUUAAUGUGAAUUGUAAUAAAACAAUUAUUUAAGUCAAUCAGUCUUCCUUUUAUUUUCAGUACAAAAAUCACUUGAGAAUACUUAAUUGUCCGAUACAUCACUACCUAUUAAACGAUUACACUUAACAAAGUACGAAAAAAAAGCAAGUUAUAAAUCUGAUUAUUGAGUAAACGCAAGUGUUUUACUCGAG